AUGUCGGCACCCUCACACGAACGACGACGUUCAGCACGCAGAACAAAGUCGCCCUCUGUAAUCUCAACCGCCAAUUCUGUUCCGGUCACGAAAUCUCAGGCGAAACAUAAUUUUAUCUCGUCUAACAAGUUAUCUUCUGAACCGGGUCCGGGUGCCCAAAGCACCAGCAUCGAAGUGAAGCCUUCCUUUUCUGCAGACAGCAAUAACCAACUACACGACAUUAUGCGAAAGGUGAUCAAGGCACUAGAAGGAGUCACUGGUGCUCAUUUGGAUAUGGAAAUAUUUGGAUUAGAGGAAGAGGAGAAGGAGAAUGAUAGCGAGAAGGAGAGGGAUGAACAAGAUGGCGAAGACAGGAGCAGAAACGGCCCAAAUCCAGAGAAGGAUGAGGAAGGAGAGGUAGCCAGAGAGUUAAUUCUGAACGGGAACGGGAAUGGUGUGGCUCAGGCCACGGAUGGAAAAAAGAAGGUGGACUGGGAGAUUCCAAGAAAAUUAUUACACUCGUCGAUCGGUUUUUUCACAAUAUAUCUAUAUAUAUCUUCCGGGAACGCCAGAGUUGUAGUGUACACGCUUUGGUCUGCGCUCUGUGUGAUCGCGCCAGCAGAUUACCUUCGGCUCACAUACCCUUCUUUUGCCCGGGUUUAUGAGCGUUACCUAGGAUUUCUCAUGCGGGAAAGCGAAAAGAAGGGAACCAAUGGUGUAAUAUGGUACAUUAUCGGUGUCAACUUUGCCCUGACCUUCUAUCCGCUCGACGUCGCUACAGUCGCAAUCCUGAUUCUAUCUUGGGCAGAUACCGCGGCGUCUACCACAGGGAGGCUUUGGGCUGGCCACUGGGGGCUGUAUACACCCCGUCUACCCUCCCGCCUUCCUAUUAUACCCUUCUUACCAGCACAUCUCAAACAUUGGCUAGCCCUCCCUCUGGCUCCCAGAAAAUCACUCGCGGGAUUCAUCGCUGCUUCCUUGACCGGAGCGUGUAUUGCAUUGGGUUUCUGGGGCUGGAUGGCGCCUGUACCAUUACGCGUCGAACGAGGCGACGUGACGUGGUUUUGGGAUGGGGGUGUCUUCGGAUCAGGUGGAUUUGGGGGCUGGGUAGGCUUGAGCAUAAUAGCAUUAUUCGCGGGAUUAGUUAGUGGAAUAGCGGAGGCAUUGGACCUUGGUUCUUUAGAUGACAACCUUACCCUCCCAAUCAUCUCGGGUGGAUGUCUUUGGGCAUUCUACAAGGUGCUGGGCGCAGUGUCGAACGGUCAGCUCACCGCGUAA